ACUGAUGGGUGACACUGAAAGGCAGCUCAGAUGGGCACUGAUAUGUGGUAUUGAUGUGCACUGGUAGGCACUAAAAUGUGGCAUUGAUGUGGCACUGAUGGGCACUGGCAGGUGGCAUGGAUGAGCACUGAUGGACACUGAUGGGUGGCACUGCUGGCUACACAGAUCAUCAGGGCACACUGAUUUUCAGUGCCCUGAGGAUCAGUGUACAUGUCCCCUCCGAGGAAUCUCGUGAGGAGAGAAAUGCCGAUAACCGGCAUUUCCCUGUUUACAUGUGAUCAGCUGUGAUUGGACACAGCUGAUCACAUGACCGAGCCGACAUCUUCGGC